AUGGGGAAAUCUCCAGGAAAGUGGAUCAAGGCUGUACUCUCUGGAAAAAAGUCUUCCAAGUCUAGUUUAUCUAAAAAUUUUACUGCUGAGAAAAGGACUGCUGCGCCAACGGGAGAUCUCACUGUGAGUCCGUUGCUUGUCUCAGAUCUGCCAUAUCAGGCUACGGAUAGAGGUGCAGAAAAUCUGGAAUGUGAUAAAGGUAUUGUGGGACCAAAUUCAUCUGAUGAUGGUGAAAUAAGAAGACAAGAGCAAGCUGCCACAAAAGCACAAGCAGCCUUUCGGGGCUACAUGGCUCGUCGGGCUUUUCGGGCACUAAAGGGUAUAAUAAGGCUACAAGCUCUUAUUCGCGGACAUUUGGUUAGGAGGCAGGCACUUGCCACUUUCCGUUGCAUGCAAUCAAUUGUUAAAUUGCAGGCUUUGUCUCGUGGACAAAGGGUCAGACUUGCAGAUUCUAGACAUGAAGCGAUGGUAAAGUGCACCGCAAGAGAGAUUCAGGAUGCUAAAAAGGCAGAUGCAUUUGGAAGAAAUUCAUCUCUUGGGUCAGAGAAGCUAGUGACAAAUGCAUUUGUCUGCAAGCUUUUUGCCUCAUUGCCGGCUGCCAUGCCCUUGAUCCUUCAGUAUGAUGUGGCUGAACCAAAUUCAGCUUGGAACUGGCUUGAGCGUUGGUCAUUCUCCCAUUUCUGGGAACCACGCACACACAUAGGGAAAACUGCUGAUGCAAAAUCUCAACGAAAGAAGUCUGGCAUGCUUAUUGUGGAGACUGAAGCUGGAGAAUCGAAAAUGAGUAUCAGAAAGGUUGUUGCUGCCACCAAUGGUGACAAUCGUGCUUUAGCUUCUUUAGAACAAGUUAAGCCGAAAACCAAACCAAGGAAAGUCACAAGUCAUCAAACAGAGUCAGUGCAAGAACAGGCACAGAAUGAACUUGAGAGGGUCAAACGCAAUCUGAGAAAGGUUUCUGCAUCGAUGGCAGUGGCUUCUGAGAAGGAAACUGAGAAGCAACAUCAGAGUCCUAAAGAUGUAUCGAGUUCUGCAGCUCCAAAUGUUUAUAAACAGGAGAUUGUUAAUUCUCCUCCAAAGCUGCUUGAUUUGGAUGUUGAUGUCAACAAACCGGCUUUAACAGAGGCUCCUUCUAAGCCAUUGACAGUGGACGAGCCAGUUGAUGCAACACAUGAUGAUCAUCCUGCAGUUGAGCUACAUUCCUCGGAAAUUUGUGGGAAUAUGGAGACACUUCCAGCUGUCUAUGACGAAUUGAGCCCUAAGGAAGAACAUAAUAGCAAAGAGAAGGUGAAAAUUGGGAGGAGGAAAUCUCUUCCAGCGAAGCAGGAGUAUCCUGAGAAUGCUUCACUAAGCUUGCCAAGUUAUAUGGCGGCAACUGAAUCUGCAAAAGCAAAGCUUAGAGCUCAAGGAUCUUCUAAUAUUGAAGAUGUGGCUGAAAAUGGCUUUGAGCGUCGUCAUUCUCUACCAGCCCUGACCAAUGGCAAAUUGAGCUCGUUGUCACCUCGGAUGCAGAAGCCAAUUCAAGCUAGUGGCAAAGGAGGGAGCAAGAAAAACAGAUCACUGGUGUCCUCUAGAGAUGAUAAGGUGCUUCAACCAGGGUGGAGGAGAUGA